ACUCACAAACGAUUUUCAAGUCGCUUUGAACAUUUUUCCAACUGGAAAUGUCUCUUGAAAUCGGUUGCCAGACUCACUCACAUCGCUCAAAGCUUCUCAAGCAAAAACAGUGACAGCUGUCGAGGUUGGCAUUACUGCAACAACAUCUCAUCUUCAGAAAUGGAUAAAGCGGAGCGACUGAUCAUUCACACAGUGCAACAAGAGUGCUUCUCACAGGAAAUCUCUGCAAUCAAAAAAGACCAAAGUCUACCAAAGAACAGCUCUAUUCUCAGACUCAAUCCAUUCAUCGAUAAUGAGGGGCUCCUGAGAGUUGGAGGACGUUUGCAGCAUUCUAUGUUACAAAGAAACGAGGCAAACCCAGUCAUAAUACCCAACAAACACCACAUUGCAACUCUGCUAGUGCGUCAUCAUCACGACAGAGUGAAACACCAGGGAAGGCAUCUAACAGAAGGAGCCAUUCGCACCAGUGGACUGUGGUUGGUUGGAGGUAAGCGACUCAUAAGCACCAUCAUUCACAAGUGUGUGUUUUGCAGAAAGCUACGUGGACUGUCAGAACAACAGCUCAUGUCUGAUCUACCUGAAGAAAGGCUCAAAGCGGACCCACCAUUCUCAUAUGUGGGCCUGGAUGUUUUUGGCCCAUGGGAGAUUGUGACAAAACGCACAAGAGGAGGUCAAGUGAACAACAAGAGGUGGGCAGUGUUGUUCACAUGCAUGUCUACCAGGGCCAUCCACAUUGAGGUUGUGGAAACAAUGACUGCCUCAAGCCUCAUCAAUGCUCUCCGGAGAUUCUUUUCACUCCGUGGACCAGCCAAGCAACUCAGGUCCGACAGAGGGACCAACUUUAUUGGCGCCUGUAAUGAGCUGAAACUAUCACCACAGGAUGCCAAUAACACAAUCAAAGACUAUCUGACAGAACAGAGGUGCACCUGGGAGUUCAACCCGCCCCAUGCGUCCCACAUGGGUGGGACUUGGGAAAGAAUGAUUGGGGUUUCUCGCCGCAUUCUAGAUGCUCUACUCCUAGAUGUGAAGCGACCUCAGCUCACCCACGAAGUCUUGGUGACCUUCAUGGCAGAGGUCACAGCUAUUGUUAAUGCCAGACCCCUUGUGCCGAUUUCGACAGACCCUGAAGCUCCACUGGUCUUAACUCCAGCUAUGCUUCUUACUCAGAAAACAGGAGCUCCCCCUACAGUUCCAAACAACCUGACCGAGAAGGACGUCUUCAAGAGCCAAUGGAAGAGAGUUCAAAUACUAGCCAACAACUUUUGGACAAGAUGGCGGAAAGAAUAUCUCUGCACCCUUCAAGGUCGUCAAAAGUGGCUUGUAAAGAAAACAAAUCUCAAGGAAGGAGAUGUUGUCCUCCUGAAGGACUCCACUGCAAAGCGCAACGAGUGGCCCAUGGGACUUGUUGAGAAGACAUACCCCAGCAGGGACGGGCUUGUGCGAAAAGUGGAUGUAAAAGUUGCAAGACAUCAGGAUGUAAAGACAUUCAGCCGACCAAUCUCGGAACUGAUUCUUCUAGUGACGCCUAGUAAUGUGGACAUUUGAUUUAGUGGCAUCUCUUAAAGACGCCAGGCGGGGAGUGUAAUGGAACUUGUUUAACUUAAUGUUAUUCAAUGUUUAGUUCAUUUACUGAGGCCACCUAGUGGCAAAUGUUAUAAUUGUGUGUAUUGCUAGUUCACAAACGCCAUCUUGUGGUCACUUUUAUUACUACAACUUGUUUACCAGAAAGGAAGAAAGCCUGUUCAUCCAUCUGCUCUGAAAGAAGCAGUUUUUGUUGUGUUUUCUUUAAUCUAAGUGCAAAACGGCAUCGUCUUUUUACACGAUUCUCAUUAAAUCCUGCUAAAGAACCUAAUGCAGUGCUUCUUGGUGGACGAAUGGGAAAGUGUUUAGCUACCUGUAUAGCUGAGUUACUGCUGAAGGCCACAGUGCUUAGCGAGG